AAUUAGUGAACAUUUGUGUUUCUCUUAAUAUUAGGAACAACAAAACCAUAUCCUGCUGAUAUUGUAGUUCAGUUCAAGGAUGUAUAUGCACUGAUGGGCCAAAAUGUGACCUUAGAAUGUUUUGCACUUGGAAAUCCUGUUCCGGAUAUCCGAUGGCGGAAGGUUCUAGAACCAAUGCCAAGCACUGCUGAGAUUAGCACCUCUGGGGCUGUUCUUAAGAUCUUCAAUAUUCAGCUAGAAGAUGAAGGCAUCUAUGAAUGUGAGGCUGAGAACAUUAGAGGAAAGGAUAAACAUCAAGCAAGAAUUUAUGUUCAAGCAUUCCCUGAGUGGGUAGAACAUAUCAAUGACACAGAGGUGGACAUAGGCAGUGACCUCUACUGGCCUUGUGUGGCCACAGGGAAGCCCAUCCCUACAAUCCGAUGGCUGAAAAAUGGAUAUGCGUAUCAUAAAGGGGAAUUAAGACUGUAUGAUGUGACUUUUGAAAAUGCCGGAAUGUAUCAGUGCAUAGCUGAAAACACAUACGGAGCCAUUUAUGCAAAUGCUGAGUUGAAGAUCCUGGGUCAGUAUCAUUUCUAAUUUCUGUUAAACAUUCAUC